UCAAAACAAUGGCGGUAGACGGUUGGACCACAACAGAGCAGUGGAUCAGAGAAAAACUCAACCUUCAGCACAGCUGUUUAGCGGAUGUCCGAUCGUUGACUCUUCCAGGAACAUACGAAGGGAAAAUCUGUAAUUUAGGAACAUCCCUAAAGAACUUUGUGCGUCUGAAGUCACUGGAUCUUUCGCAUAAUGCGCUGCUCACAGUUCAGGGGAUUGAGCAUUUGGAAAUGCUGGAGAGACUGAAUCUGUACUACAACAGGCUGGCGUCUCUGCAGGACGUCUUUUCCCUGCACAAGCUGCACAAUCUGAAGGAACUGGAUUUGCGGCUCAAUCCUGUGGUCAGGAAACACCCGCUCUAUCGUUUGUACCUGGUCCACGCAAUGACCAAACUCCGCAAGCUUGGUGCGUCAUCUGUCUGUCUCUCUCUCUCUCUCUUCUCUCUCUCUCUCUCUCUCUCUCUCUCUCUCGCCCUCUCUCUCUCUCUCAUUGAAAUGUUUUGCAGAAGUAGUGAGCUCCGAAUCAAAGCCAUGCAGAAGAUGAUGAAGACGCUCUCGCUUCUCGAGGGGAACGAGGAAGCUGCGCUUAAUGAUGUUUCUAGAAAGAGAGCUGAAACUCUCUCCGUCCGCUUUGAGAACGAGCGCAGCCCUCGUCUGUUCCAGCAAAAUCCUUCCGAAUCAGAUAUCAUACAUUUGAUCAACGGACCUGAGUGCGAAAGGUCGCCAAAACAAAACAAGGAGUCUGUUCCCAAGAGCUUGGAAUAUAAAAAAGAGGCUCCUGCUGGUUCUCAGCGAGUGACGUUUGAGAGCCAGAGUCUGACUCACGCUACGGUUCGAGGAGAGAGCGUCUUUACACCUCAUCCUACAGAAAUGCGGUCCGAUUCGCACGCCCUUAAAUGGCAAAACCAGCUUCAGGACAGAGCAAAUCCAGUCCUGCAUCCUCCCAGAUUAACCUACCAGAUCACAGGAGCCUCGUCGGCAUCACAGAGAAAACGCAAACCACAAAAGGGUGCCUACAGGAAGCCCAUGGAGCUGCUCCUCAGCAUGAUGGAGGAGCUCUGGUCGGGGAAGAAGGAGAAUCAACAAAACAGGACCUUCCUCAUGAAGAUGGUCCAGAUCCUCAGCAUGAUGGAGCAGGAUGUUGUGGCAGGAGAACAGCAGAUACAAACUCUGCAAGAGAUGCUCAAAGCCUUGAAAACACGGACUGAGUUACAGGAAAAACAGCAUCGGUCUGAGACUGAAGAUCUCAAACUCCAGCUCCAGCAGGCGCAAGAGUCCAUCCAAGCCCUUAAUGAACAGAUGAAGAAUGUGCUGGAGGAGAACGUGUCUUUACAGAAACAGCUGAUCAAAGCAGAAAACAAGCUGCUGUCGUCUCGGCUGAAGAAGAUGCCAGACAUGCAGGACAGAGGACAGCAGACGGUCCCCGAGGAGUUAAACGUGAAAAGUCACACAAUUCAGGAGGGAAACGGAGCGAGUGUGCAGCAAGAGAGCUACAGGUCUUUGAUUGCCAGAAAUGAGCGUUUGCUGCAGCAGCUGGAAGAGGCUCUGAUGAACUGACUGCUGCAAAUGAAGAGCGUUCCUCCAAUAGACAUCUAGGUUUCAUUUAUUAUAAAUCUGGAAUAUAAAGUUACACCUCGUAUGUAAAUGCCUUUUGUUUUAUAUACACUCUCUAAAGCAGUAUGGCUUCUGUUUAUGUCACACAUGCAUAUCUUGAAGUUGUGCAAAUUUGCUUGCUCGGUUUGUUCAACCGGAGUACUUUUCUAUUCAGACGGACCUUAAACAGGAUUUCUGUGCAUCUUCAGAAGUCUUAAUUUGCCCUUCCACAAUUAAGGCCCUAAAAAGUCUUAAAUCAGGGCAGAAAGUCCCGCAAAAAAAUUGAUAUCUUAUUUUCCAAUACAAAUAUUUAAACAUCUUUAAACCAAGAUACAU